AUGGUAUAUGUACUAAAAAUUAUCCAAAGAUGGAGAUUUAGUCAAAUCCUCCCACAAUUCUCUCAUUCAUCCACUUUCCCUUUUCUAACGCUUUUCCUUUCCUUCUUUAACUCCUUCAAAACAUCUAUCUAUAUCUAUCUCAUUUGUAAACAAGAAAACUAUAUUUUAAUUUUGACAUUUGAACAUCACCUAUUUUAUCUUGUUUGUUUACUACAUUUUGCAUUGAAGAUGGCUUCUCAAAAGGAAAGAGAAACCCAUGUUUACAUGGCCAAGCUUGCUGAGCAAGCUGAGCGUUACGAUGAGAUGGUUGAGAGUAUGAAGAAUGUUGCAAAACUUGAUGUGGAAUUGACAGUGGAGGAAAGGAACUUGCUUUCUGUUGGCUACAAGAACGUCAUUGGAGCUCGAAGAGCUUCAUGGCGUAUUAUGUCUUCCAUUGAACAGAAAGAAGAGUCGAAAGGGAAUGAGCAAAAUGUCAGGCUGAUAAAAGGCUAUCGUCAAAAGGUCGAGGAAGAGCUCUCCAAGAUUUGCUCUGAUAUUCUUGAAAUUAUUGAUAAACAUCUCAUUCCAUCUGCUGGCACUGGUGAAGCUACUGUCUUCUAUUACAAAAUGAAAGGUGACUAUUUUCGUUACCUCGCUGAGUUCAAGACUGAUUUAGAAAGGAAAGAGGCUUCUGAACAAUCAUGGAAGGGCUAUGAGGUUGCUACUGCCACUGCAAACACUGAUCUCUCUUCAACUCAUCCGAUUCGGCUUGGUCUUGCUUUGAACUUCUCUGUUUUCUACUAUGAGAUCAAGAACUCUCCUGAAAGGGCAUGUUACUUGGCUAAACAAGCUUUUGAUGAGGCAAUUGCAGAGUUAGACACUUUAAGUGAGGAAUCAUACAAGGACAGUACCUUAAUUAUGCAGCUCUUGAGAGACAACCUCACUCUAUGGACUUCUGAUUUGCCUGAAGAUGGAGGUGAAGAGAAUGUGAAGACUGAUGAACCAAAAGCUGUUGAACCAAAAUCUGCUGAUGCAAAAUCUGCUGAAGCAAAAUCUACGGAGGCAAAAUCUGUUGAACCUGAAGAGGCAUCAAAAGAUAAACAAUAGUCGAUACGCG